AUGUUCCAGCUCUAUUCUCCUCUGUGCACAUGGAUCCCCGGGCGCCGCAUCCAUUCACACCGGUCUAUCCUGGGCAUCCAGCUCCACGCGGCAAGAAUCGAUCUGUGGCUAGCCCCCCACACCAGGAUGGUCACGGCUCUGGCAACCGGAGACAGCAUGGUCCCCAUCACAAGCAGACUGCCCACUGUCCCGGGAACUCAGCCACUGACCUUCAAACGACAGACUCUGGUGCUCUGGGAGUAA